UUCAUUUUAAAAUAAAUAUGUAUAUAUAUAUAUAUCGGGAAAGUAUAAAAUAAACUGAUUCGAAUUCAUUUUUUGAUUUUAAAAAAAAAAAAUUUUUUUUCUUUUUUCUUUUUUUUUCGAUUAUCAUUUUCAUUAUAAUUUCAUUUGUAUAUAAAUUAAAAAGAAUAUGGCACCACCUAACACAGAAAAGCUUCAAUCUGAAUUAACACAUCGUCAAUCAUCAUCUGCAAUAAAAUUUGAACGUGAUUAUUUACCACCAAAUUUCACUAUUAAAGAACUUCGACAAACAAUACCACCACAUUGUUUUGAAAGAGAUACACUAAAAUCAUUUGGUUAUACUAUUAAAGAUUUGGCUAUCGUUGGGGCUUUAGCUUAUGCUGCUACUUUUAUAGACUCUCAUCUACCACUCGCUUUACGAUAUAUAGCAUGGCCAACUUAUUGGUUCUUUUGUGGGGCUUUUGCUACAGGAAUUUGGGUGAUUGCUCAUGAAUGUGGUCAUCAAGCUUUCUCCCCUUCGAAAAAAAUUAAUAAUACGGUUGGAUUUAUACUUCAUUCAGCUUUAUUAGUUCCUUAUCAUUCAUGGAGAAUUUCUCAUUCAAAACAUCAUAAACAUACUGGUCACGUGGAUAAAGACCAAGUCUUUGUACCUAAAACUAGAUCACUUUUAAGCUUACCUUUGAAAGAUGUAGAUACUCCGCAAAUGAAUCAUUCUGUACUUGAAGACACUCCUUUUAUAACUUUAAUAAAUUUAAUUGGUCAACAACUACUUGGUUGGCCUUUAUAUUUAAUAUUCAAUUGUUCUGGUCAAGUUUAUGAUGGUCGUUGGGCAAAUCAUUUUAAUCCUAAUUCACCUAUUUUUGAUCCUAAAAAUUUUACGGAUAUCAUUAUUUCAGACAUUGGUAUCAUUAUUGGUUUAUCAGCUAUCUUUUAUUUCUCUUAUAUCUAUUCUUUUAUUACCGUUGUUAAAUAUUAUUUGAUUCCUUACUUUAUUGUAAAUCAUUGGCUUGUCUUAAUCACUUACCUUCAACAUACUGAUCCUAAAUUACCUCAUUAUCGUGAAAAUCAAUGGAAUUUUGUUCGUGGUGCAGUUUGUACAGUUGAUCGUCAUAUUGGUUUUCUUGAUUCAAUCUUUCAUAGAAUUACUUCAACUCAUGUAGCCCAUCAUUUAUUUAGUACAAUGCCUCAUUAUCAUGCUGAAGAAGCUACAAUUCAUAUUAAAAAAGUACUUGGACAUUAUUAUAUUUUUGAUGAUACUCCAAUAUUUGAAGCACUUUGGAGAAGUUUUGCUUCUUGUAAAUUUAUUGAAGAUGAAGGUGAUAUCAUUUUUUAUAAAAAUUAAAAAGAAAAAGAAAA